GCGGAGCGGCGCGGACGAGUCAUAGUCGACGAGAACGCCUCGUCCGAUGCAGCGAGCGAUGGCGUGUGUGCUGGUGGUCGUCAAGUCGACGGCGGCUUGCUAGCAGCGGUGUGCGUGCGAGUGUGCCCUGCGCGCCCAGUGCGAAGAUGCCGGACGCGGAAUAGUUGACGGGCGAUGCGAACAUUGUGCGGACAGUGUGACAGUGCGAGUGCCCAUCGGCGCGGCGGUGCGCUUGGCUAGGAAAAGCGGGAGCAGCGAAUCGACGCGGGACCCAAAUGGCCCAACAACAACUUGUGCUGCAUUCGCCAGCGGGGGCCGAUCCCGUCACCUACAACUGGCCGCUCACCUCGGGGCGCGGAAACGAUCGUCACGAUGGCGCGGUGGAAAUUGUUGAUACCAUGAGAUGGGUGUCUGAGGAUUUGCCUGACUUGAAGCAGACUUUAGACAACCACAUACUCAUCAACUUCGAUACCAAGUGCUAUGAUAGUAUGCGAGCGCUAUGCGAACGUUUCAACAAGGCGAUGGACUCGCUGGUCGCCCUCGAGAAGGGCACCUCGCUGCCGGCACAACGCCUCAACAAAUAUCCAAGCCGUGGAUUACUACGGCACAUUCUCCAGCAGACUUAUAAUCAAGCUGUGACUGAUCCUGAUAAACUAAAUCAGUAUGAACCAUUUUCACCUGAGGUUUACGGUGAAACAAGUUAUGAGCUCAUAAGUCAAAUGAUAGACCAGAUCGACAUCACCGCUGACGAUGUCUUCAUUGAUUUGGGCUCCGGUGUGGGUCAAGUGGUCCUGCAGAUGGCCGCGGCCACACCGUGUAAGAUCUGCCUGGGCGUGGAGCGCGCCGAUGUGCCCAGCAGGUACGCCGAGUCGAUGAAUCGUAACUUUCGCGCGUGGAUGCAGUGGUACGGCAAAAAGUACGGCGAUUACAAACUGAUGAAGGGCGACUUUCUCAGCGAGGAGCAUCGCGAAAAAAUCAACUCCGCCAGUAUAGUGUUCGUGAAUAACUUUGCCUUCGGCCCGAAUGUCGACCAUCAGCUCAAGGAGCGUUUCGCGGAUCUGAAAGAUGGUGCGCGCAUUGUCUCAUCGAAAAGCUUCUGCCCGCUGAACUUUCGCAUCACCGAUCGGAAUCUGACUGAUAUCGGUACGAUAAUGCACGUGUCGGAAAUGUCACCGCUGCGCGGUUCGGUCUCCUGGACGGGGAAGCCAGUUUCCUACUAUUUGCAUAUUAUCGAUCGCACCAAGCUGGAGUGUUACUUCCAGCGGCUGCGAUCGAAGGGUAAAAACGGUACUGUCCCCGAAGAGGAAUCCAAUCAGUCGGCGAAUAAUGAACGGCGCAUGCGGGAUAAGACCCGCCGGGAGAUGUCGAAACAAAUGGCGCAGGAUUCCUCUUCAGAUUCGGACUUCUUUGAUCUGGACGGGAAUUAUGGGCCGACGACGCGUCGCGCGUGGAGUGAUUGGUGUUCGAAUUCAAAUCGUGGCAAAAGCAGCGCUAGUGAAGAAGAGGAUUCCGGGAAAGGUAAAGCGCGACAGACGAAGAAGUUAAGAAGGAAGAUAUCGCGAGGAACUAAAGCUGGGCAGACAACGCCGCCGAAAGUAUUGAAUAAAGCGCGGCGCGGACGUGUCAAGAAGACCAAACCGAAGAAGGCGUUGAAAAUCAACGGUUUGGAUCUGCUGCAUUCACAAACGCUACUAAGUACAUCGCCACAAGCUAACGGAAAGAAACUGCCACCGCCACCUGGCUGUGUUGAUCAGCAAUUAACUGCCUUAAGCACUGAUAUGGUGCACGACGAACUGGACAUACCCCCGAUACCCGGCAACACACCAUACGCCUUACAGAUCCUCUUGGACAUGUACCGCAUGCAGUAUAUGAAUAUGAUUGAGCAAAUGAAGUCGCCUUCGUAUAAACACACGAUCCAACAGCAGAUUAACGAAGAGCGGGAGCGUAAUCAACGCCUGCAGAAUCGCGCUGCGCAGUUGGAGAAACAAAUCAAGGUGUUGAUUGAUGAUAGUGUAGCGUUGCUCAAAGCGCGCAUGAGUGAAUUGGGGAUUAAUGCAUCAUCACCGGUGGAUUUGCUUGCGAAAGCCAAGGAGAUUGUGUGCAGGCAUAAAGACUUACAAGCGAAGGCCAGUAAAUUACAAGUACAGGUUACCAACUUGGAGGAGAAGCAGAAAUCGUUGGUGGUUGAAAGACAGCAGGAGAUUACAGAUAAAUACGCGAAGCAAGAGCCUGGCAGGGAGAUGAAUCCGCGUGUUGCUGAAGAAUGUAUAUUGAGGGAGAUUUCAUCUACGCUUGCGCACAGGAAAAAGUUGCAUAGUCAGGUGAGCAUGCUGGAAGGUGAAGUUGUAAGUUUAGAGAAAAGUAAUGAAGAUCGCAAAGCGGCGCAGGCGACGAUGCUUGCACGACAACAAGCUGCAUCUGCAGGUAAACAGCGUAAAUCACGUGAUUAUCGUACACGAUCACAAGAUUGGCCUGACGUGCCUGAUAUCGCGAAGAUCGAAGAACAAAACCCGGAGAUUCUCGCGCAGAAAAUUCUUGAAAAAGGUAGGAUGAUCGAAGCAAGUCGACAGAUCUCUGGUAAACAAACACCGCUUAUUAAUCCUACGAAACAAUCAAUGAAUAAUCAACGCGAGAGAGGUAGAAAUCCAGCUGCUAUGCCUGCACCAGUACAAGCCAAACGGCCUAAGACGAAUUCACGAAGUAGUAGCGGUAGUAGUGCUAACACCAACACGAAUACGAGUAGUAAUAACAGUCAGGAACCUCCGCGAAUAGCCAACUUCGAAGACCGUUUGAAGAGUAUCAUCACCUCGGUGCUGAAUGAAGACCAACAGGUACGUGCGGCGAAUGCCGCGACGCCUGGCAAGAUGCAAAUGAUCAGCCCGAGUUAUCCUGCGCCUGCGACAGCUGCAACCCAUCAACCACCACCGCAACUACGACCAGAGCAACAUGCAUACAUGUACAAAGGGUUGCCACCCAACGAAGACCGGAAAUAUCCUCCGAAAUUACAACAGGAAGUUCCUGGUGGGAAUCAUGGUGAUACCUAUGAGCAUGAUGUACAUCUGCCGAGGAUAUCUCCGCUGCAUUUGAAAGUACAACGAGAUGGACCCGAACAACCUGAUUAUACACAAGUGUCACCUGCGAAGUUAGCGCUGAGGAGGCAUUUAUCACAGGAGAAACUAGCUGCGCAGAUUGCGCCGCAUCCAGCCACUACACCCGGCGCGGUAUAUCCUACCCAACCGGAAAAUCUCGUCGCUACCAGGACAAUAGGUGAUCUUAUGUCUGGGGAAAUUGAAAGAACUUUAGAGAUUUCAAAUCAAAGCAUUAUUAAUGCUGCGGUUACAUUGUCUACACGUGCGGUUGUAACCACAAACGCGCCUAGACCAGAACGUGUCACUGUAAAAGCACCUGCAGAUUUACCUCCAGCGAGUAAAGAUGUAACAAAUGCGGGUAGUGAACAAGGGCGACAGGUGUACAGCCCCAUCUCGCGGCCGUCUUCAGCUGAAGGUUUGGAAGGAUUGGCAUACAUGCAUCCACACGCGAAAGUCUCCAGUAUGUACAGUAGUGCGCAAGCGCAGACGCAUCCUGCUCAACCCGCAAGCAAUUCGCAGUUUUCACCCCGGACGACUGUGUUAUACCAGACGCAGCCGCGUUGUUACGAACAGUACACACCUCUCCCUCGUGCGGAUAUAAAACCGUAUCACGAAUCAUAUUUCGCUGAUGUUAAACCAGCAGUCGAGGAACAGCGGCGUAAUUUUAUCCCUGAAGGAUUAGCGGCGCGUGUGUUAAAUGGCACGCCUAUAAAGGAAGAGGUUGAUGAGCGAUUGGAGCGCACUGAGAGGGCGGAGCGAAGGUAUGCGCCGUACCCGGAGAUCAAGACUGAAACUGGCAACGAGUACAAGCGAGAGUCGCCGAUCAUACAAGGACCUCUCCGAACGCUGAGUCGAUCGUCUACGUAUUCAUCGGAGAGCAAAGGCAGCUCCAGGGAGCGAUCGAAUGAUCGCGGCCAUCAUCAUCAUCAUCGACAUCGAGACCGCGAGGAUCCCGGCGGGAAGCAGUUGGUGGAAGCACCGACUGUGGCGCCACCUGCGCCUGUUGAGAUCGAGGCGAUCGAAGAGGAAGGCGAAGAAUCAAAAUGGCAGGAUCGCAUCAGUUCUGGUUUUGAUCGUCUUGUUGCAUUCGCCUCUACAGAGCUGGAUAAACGACGGAGGUCAACAGAAGGCACAGAUAGUUGCAACACGUCGCCUGAUUCUGGUAUUGGUCACGGUGAUCCACCGCCUGCGCCAUUACCGGCUGUAGUUCCACCUUUACCCGCAUUACCACCACAACCACCAGCGAAACAAAUCAAACUCAACCCCAAACCAACACUAUUCAAAUGUUCCAGUAAACGCGACGAACACGAACAAGAUGAUGGCAGAUGUCCACCGAGGACACCAUCACCAGGCUCCUCCCCGCAACAAACGCAUUACAGCCACAGUUCGAUAAGUAACGUUGCGCCACCUGUACAAACAGCGCAACGCGAUAAAAGCCCAAGUCGUAACCCAGCACUGAUGAAAUAUCAACGCCAUCAGCCCGAAGAAAAGAAAUCCAAACCAGACGCGCACUUUAAAAAGAAAUUCUACUAUCGAGAGCAAUGGCGGGACGAUGGCUGGCAACGGCCAUCACGCCAGCAAUCAGGGGCGGGGCCUCCGGAUGAAACGCGUUUCAAGCCCAAGGGCAAGGACUGGAACUGGCACAGUAAGGACGAAUGGCACUGUAGGUAUAACUAGACGAGAGAGCGUGCUCUUUCUCAUUCGAUUUCAUUAAAAUCACAUUAAUUUAAAUCUAAUUAAAUAAUUGUGUAAAUAUUCAAUUCGGCGGUAGUUGGAACGCGGUCGCAGACAUAACCUGUAUUAUUAGACUGUAAAGUUGUGUUCAAUUUUUAGGCAAAGGAUCUAACCAGAAAACUAUCUAUUAUAUUAAUAUAAUAUUAAUAAUCUAUUCGGGCCACCAUUUUAAAAUUAUGUAUGACGCAUGUAAUAAUUUUGUACAAAAAGAAGUAAUUUAUUGGAUGGAGGACGGCUAAGAUGUAAAAUGUUAAGCAACGGCCAGGCCCGCGAUUAGAGAAAUUUUAAUUAAUGAAUUAUAACGAAACACUGCCUUGGAAAACAAAGUUUUUCAUCGCAUGACUCGCGAGAUGGGUCAUUUAAAUAAUCGUCAUGACACAAUUGACUAUAUUGACUACAUAUACCCUAUGUAAUAAUCAUGUUCAUUUUCGAUGCGACAUUGUAUAUUUGCGAUUGGAACCAUGCUUUAUGUUUAUAUCUCGAUCAGUAACAUUGUACACUGCCAUUUACAGCCCCGAAGUUUUCACACCAACAACAACAACAACCAGAAAAUAAUGUCAAUAGAGCGGAUAAGAUGAGAUGAGAACGCAUGUGUAGUCAAAUUGUAAGCGCGCACUUGUAAAUGUUUUGAUUUCGAUUUUACAUUUGUUGUUUAUGUGUAUUUUUGUGUACGUACGAAUUAUGUAAUGUUACGUUUUUUUUUUCUUCUCUCGCCCACUUCGGUAUAUGUUUGUUUCUCUUGUAGUGGCUGCGCAGCGCGGACGAAUGUUUUAUGUUAACUCUCGGUAGAUUUGUAACUCGAUAAGCAAUUUAUUUUCUGUUUAUUUAUGUACAUUGCGGCUCGACAAGUCGGCAAUUUGUUUGUUAUUAUAUUUUUCGGUUGGAUUCUUCGUUCGCAAAUAAUUUCGGGAAUGUAUGAAAUGCAUUAAAUACAAAUUCAAACAAAA